AUGAAGAAGGCUGGAGGAAAAUCUCAGAACCAUGCUUACGCAUCAAGCCAGGAGGACAGUGAAAAUGAUAGUGAUGAAACUGAAUGCAGUAUUGGCAGCAAUUCGACUGCAGGAACGCAUCGCAGUGAUACCCCAACUCGCAGUGCUCGAUACAAGAAGAUGGGAAGAAGGCGGAGCAAAACUGCCAAAAUCAAAUCUAGCAGCGAUAAGCCAAUGUAUAAGUAUUGUUGCAGUGUAAAAGAGGAUCACGGACAACCUCUGUUUGGGGCUCAAUUCAAUCACCACCUGAAAGAGGGUGAACCAAUGAUAUUUGCUUCAGUAGGAAGCAAUAGAGUAAGCAUCUACGAGUGCCCAGAGGGAUCAAACAUCAGAUUUCGACAAUGUUACGCAGAUCCAGACACAGAAGAGAAUUUCUACACUUGCGUUUGGACCUACGAUGACUCAGGCAAGCCAUUGCUGGCUGUUGCAGGAUCUCGUGGAGUUAUUAGAGUGAUUAGCACUGUCACUAUGUCGUGCAUGAAGCAUUAUAUUGGGCAUGGUCACGCCAUUAAUGAGUUGAAAAUUCAUCCCAAAGACCCGAAUAUUCUUCUCUCUGCUUCCAAGGAUCACGCCCUUCGUUUGUGGAAUAUUAAGACUGAUGUUUGUAUUGCUAUAUUUGGUGGUGUAGAGGGUCACAGAGAUGAAGUCCUGAGUGCAGACUUUGAUAUGACAGGUCAGCGUAUAAUAUCCUGUGGAAUGGAUCAUGCGCUAAAACUCUGGUCCCUUGAUAAGGGAGAAAUGCUUGACGCUAUAAAGCAAUCUUACUAUUGUAAUCCCACUCGUAAUGGUCGACCUUUCGACUCAGUCCUCCAACAUUUUCCCGACUUCACCACAAGAGAUGUUCAUCGUAAUUAUGUAGAUUGUGUGAAGUGGUACGGUGAUUUUAUACUGAGCAAAUCUUGUGAGAAUUGCAUAGUUUGCUGGAAACCUGGACGCUUAGAAGAUACUCAACUCAGAAACGGGGAAACAAGUGCUACCGUCUUGCACCGUUUUGAAUUCAAAGAGUGUGACAUAUGGUUCAUACGAUUCUCGAUGGACUUUUGGCAAAGAACUAUAGCACUAGGAAAUCAAGUUGGCCGCACUUAUGUGUGGGAUCUAGAAGUGGAUGAACCUGGACUAGCGCGUUGUUGUUCACUAGAACAUCCUCGAUGCACAGCUCCGAUACGCCAGACUAGCCUGAGUAGAGAUGGUUCCGUACUUCUCUGUGUAUGUGAUGAUGCCACGAUAUGGAGAUGGAACAGAGAGCAUUAGAUUCACGUGGAAAUGAAUGUUACCGACAAAUUCGACCCCUGUGUGACUAUUAAGCACAGACCUACUAUAGGUUUCAAUCUGAAUAACUUCAGUUUCAAUUAUGUUCUAAAUGGGUUAUCUAAUUUUAGCUAUGAGGUCACCGUUGGAAUGAUGACCAUUUCUCUGCUUCCCCUCCCCUCCCUGUGUAAUAAUUGUACAUAAAUCAAUACAGUCUGAGCCAGUUUGUGGAAGUGAGUGGAGUUGGUGAGAUUUAUUAGGUUUGAAAUGUUAUUAAACUUUUUAUGGUUCUUUGAUGGCCUGUCUAUAAACUACAGUUCAUAAGUAUAUAUAUAUACUUAUGAAUAUAUGUAUAUACAUAUAUGUGUGUGUAUGAUACUAAUCGAUAGUAAAACACUUGUACUUUAUUUUAUUAAUAGUUAUUUAUAAGUAUACAUAAACUAAAAGCAAAGUGCCUUAGCUAUACACGUUCCACUUAGAACAAUUGAACAUGGUUAAAUAGACUUGCUACAUGUAUAUCAAAUGUUCUGGGUUUUAGAUGGAAUGAUUAUUCUCAUAAGUUUAUAAGCUAAUUCGAAAAUAUUGUAAUUUUAAUAGAGACACACCUUUCAUCAUA